AUGGUCCAUGGCGACUUCGGGACUAUGACCUCGCCAUUAGUACAGGGUUUGCAAUACGGCGGUUCCAGCUGUUCAUUCGCGAUACUGCUCACGGUAGUGCUGGCGAAUAUCUAUCUAACCUUAAAAUUGCGUAAGGAGGCGGAUGGAGAUUUGACAGCGAAAUAUCAGUUGGCGGAGAAUGUUAGGACCGCCCAAAUCUCGAUGGUUUAUGUGGUGAUCGAGAAUCUGCUAAAAAUCUACGACGCCCUCGCGACGAACGUCUUCAACUUGAGCGCAGUAUUUUUCGUAGCGAAAUGCGAGUCGGAAAGCUCUUAUGCAUUAGCUUACGCGCUGCGCCAAGUCAUGAUCCUCCUCACACCGGCUAUUAUUUUUCGAAUUAACCGCCCUCUUCGAAAACAAUUCCGCCGGUUAACUCAUCCGUUCAUGAAAAGAAAGCCCACAGUAGCCUGCAUCAGCGAGGCCGCCGCCUUGGAAUACCGCAACCCACUGGGGAAGAAGAUCCAAUUGAGCGAGUCGAAAGAUAUGUAUUUUACCCAUUUGAAAACCAUGUGGAAG